AUGAACAAAACUGGUGGUGGAGAAGCGCCAAAGGUGAAAGAUGAUCCAAUCUAUAACUUAACCCUCGAUAUAAUCAAUAAAAAAACAGUUUUUGGACUGACAAAUAAAUUUGAUGGUGAUAGACAUCGGUAUGUAAAACUUAAAUACUACUGUAACAUUCAUUUUUACAAAAAUAUAUUAUGUAAUGACGAGCACAUUUCAAAGAACAGAGUAGACAAUUCUGCAGGUAAUAGGUGGAGCAGUAGACGAAGACCUGAACUAUCAAAAAUAGGAAACAUUGCUUUGCGAUAUGAAGAAGUAGCAGAAAUAAAAAAAAAAGUGCUGAAAUGUCAGCUACAAACUAUGCAGGCAGAAAAAGCAGAAUUAGAAGAAAAAAAUGAAUGGGAGAGAAAACGUCGUCAGCUACAAGAAAAGAGAGAGAAAGAACAAUGUGAAUUAACAAAGAAAGCUCUUGAGCUCGAUGUGGAGAUAAAAAAGGCUCAAUUAACGGCAUUACAUGCAGUGAAUCAAGCAAAUCAAUAGCUUAAGUGAUACUCUUUGUUUUCAGCAUUUGUUUGUAAAUUGUU